GUUGGUGUGGUGUGCAUCAUUUUUCUCUAUGUUCAUUGCCACAUACCUGCCUCUCGGUCAUCAGGGGGUAGCUAUGACCUACCAGAUACUCUCAAAAGGAGAAUCGCCGUGAUGCAAAGACGGAAACUUCAGGUGUCAUCCAGCAUGACCCCUGUUGUGGAGGUUGUAGAUGGAACACUUCUUCAAUAUGGUGGUGAUCUCCUUGCCUCUAGAGAAGACAAGCUCACAGAAUAUUUUGCGCCAUUCAUCUUUCAGGUAGUUGUUUCGCAAGACGAGAACACAGUCUACUACGUGGAAGCUAUAUUAAAUGGCACACUUUCCGUACCUACCUUGCGAUCUGCGGUAAGGCAAGUCGGAAUGUCGUCACCAGGAUCGACAUCAGGAACAACAAUUCAAACUGUGGCUGGCCCAUGGCCGCUUGAUCAGGAACCAUUCUCAACAAAUUCCUCCCUCUUGAUGGGCUUGUCGCUGGUGGACACCUCAACAUUGCUCGUUGUGGACAGUGACAAUGAGCUGAUUCGCAAAAUCAGCCUCAGUGUCAGGAAUGCAGGGAAUUUCACUCGGCUGAAAAUGCCCAGAUAUUUAACAAAGCACCCAACACUUCCCCAGAUAUUUGUUUCAUCUGUUGAUCGCAUCAUGACCGUCCCGCUGUCCUCUCCAUCCAACUCUAGCGGAAUUGCAAUCACAACUCUUGCUGGUUUCAGUGGUCUGACUGGCUCUGUUCAAGACUAUCUUGAUAGCAGCAAUGGUGCAGACGUCCGGUUCAAUGGACCGAUGCAUGGACCGCGCUCAAUUUCUGGGAAUGGGGACAGCCUGUAUGUUGCGGAUUCUGGAAACAAUGUGCUACGUCGUGUGGAUACUCAAACAGGAGCCACAGUCACUGUAGCUGGCACUCGGUCUUCAGAAGGCCUCUCCAUAGAUGGCGAUGCUUCAUCUGCCCAAUUGGGACUGCCCGAGGAUGUGGCUGUGACAUCUAACGGCUGCAAUGUCUUUGUUGCUGAAGGUAGUGGUGCUAUACGCUGGAUAACACUUAAUGAACCUAAUGGGACCGCAAUCAAGGUGAAAACAAUUGUGACAGGUCAAGUGAAGGCUACUUCCAAGUCGUCAAACAUGGAAUGGUUGUGCAUAACUUUGACUCAUGAUGACAAGUUUUUGGUAGCUGGGACUGGAAGUGGAGGCAUUUAUUGGUUCACACUGAACAGUUCACACCUUCACAACUGUAGUUCCACGACACCAUCACCUGUGCCUCCAAGUCCUCGAAAGUCAACUACUACUAAAAGUUCCACCGUUGUUGCUGUUGCUGUUAGUUGUUCUGUUGCAGUUGUGGUGGUAGUCGGCAUUAUUGCAGCAAUUUUCCUAUUGAAGAGGAAUUCGGAACAGAAUCUGAUGCAGCCUCUUGCCGGAGGAGGGGGUACUGGGGCAAGUAUAACCGGGCCCACCGUAUCAUUCCCUUCUUAUCUCGGUGGGCAACUGUUCUCAGUGCCCGCAGAGGGUAUCCGUGAGUUUUCAUUUCAGGAAAUCCAGGCUGCAACCGAAGAUCUCAAUGACAAGUAUUGUGUGCAACAGGGGGGUGCUUUCGGAAAACUUUACAGGGCUUUCUUGACGAUUGACGGUGAGCGCCAGGAUAUGGCCAUCAAAGUUAUGAAGGGGGAAAUGGACCACCACAAGUACAAGCAAUUCUUGGCUGAGGUUCAGAUGUUGAGCAAGGUGCGGCACAAAAACCUUUGCAGACUUGCUGGGUACUUUGUUGAUCAGAACUUGUGCAUUCUUGUGUACCCAUUUAUCGUGGGCGGCAGCCUGCAUGAUCGUCUGCAUGGUACCGGGGAGCCUCUAACCUGCAGAGAGCGAAUGUCUGUGGCAGAGCAAGUGGCCACGGGCUUACAUUACCUGCAUCAUGGCCUGGAGGAGCCAAUACUGCAUCGGGAUAUCAAGAGCCACAACCUGCUGGUGAAGGGCAAGGGGGAAGCCCUGCAUGCGUACUUGAUUGACUUUGGGCUUGCAAGACCUGGACCUUCAACGACGGACGAUGGGAAGACCCUCGAAACAACACUAGGCGGCCAGACCGUGCUCACGCUGGUGGUAUGCGGUACACCUGGGUAUAUGGCCCCAGAAUACCAACAUGGCAUGCAGCUAACUCCAAAGAACGAUGUCUAUGCGUUUGGGGCGGUAUUGCUGGAGCUGGUUACAGGUCAGAAGGCACAGUGGAGAGGAGAGCAGAAUGAGGUGAUCAAACUCGUGGCAUGGUGUCGGCAGUGGCUAACCUAUCCCAAUCUGACAUAUCAGCAAUUUUCUGGCAUGGUUGAUGCAAAGCUGAUGGGUUCCUUGAGGAAUGAGGAAUGGGAUAUGGUGUACAAGCUGGCAAUGCUCGGCCACAAGUGCACAAGUGAUCUUCUAGCGCACAGACCCGACAUGAAUGGUGUCAUGGAAGAAAUCCGGGGAAUACAAAAAUUAGGUGUUCAUCAUCGUGCAGCCUCCAUGUCCCAGAGUGCAGGAACAUCACAACCCUCAGGGGCAAUGCAUAUGACAUAGCAGCAGGCAUGUAUAGGCAUAACACUGUUAUGAUUUAACAUAUCCUAGCUUGUCUGAGAGAGGUGGUUUGGAGUUUGCUGGGGGUGCUCAUUUUGAUGUCUUAGGUGUGCUAUUGUGCACUCAAUAGACGAGCGGUCGAAAAUAGUUCAGAAUACACAGUAUUGAUUGCCAAGCCAAGCACUUGUCAACAUGUGAGAUUCUUGAUUGAUUGCUAAUAUGCUACUUGCUUGGCUAGCCAAGGCUGGAAAGCGAAACAAAAUAACGUUAAUAAA